UAACAAUUCUCGCACUCGAACUCUGCUUUCCACCAGUUUUCAUUCGUUUUCCAAUAUUUUUCGAAACUCGGGAGGCUACGAACCUCGAAUUCCCGCCCUCAAACACCGACGCAAGAAUGCAUCUCACAGCCUUACUUCUGUUCUCAACCACGGCACUUGCUUUCAAUCUCAGAUUUUUCAAUGGACUACCAGACGACAACGACGUAUGCAAAGACUCGGACGAAGUUGCCGAUCUAAUAAUCCGCGACCCCAAACUCAGCGACGGUUGCCAGAAGCUCGACCCAGCUAUCGGUGGCAAAUCCAUGCUUGUGGACUGGACCAAAGAGGAGGACAAUGAUCUCAUCAUUCAAUUCUUCUACGAUGAGUAUUGCUGUAACGGACAAACCGGCUCAAUAUCUAUUCGAACAGGGUGGUCCGACAAAUGCAAAUUCGUCUCAAAGGAGUACGGCGAGGGGAAGAAAAGUUUCAGGAUAAUGGACCCGGACGAUAUCAACAAGGGGAAAGAAGGCGAAAAGUACGAUUGUCAGAAGAAGGCGGUGCCGUGUUCAAAGGCUGUUGGAGAAGAUGAGAUUGCGGACUGCGAGCCUGAUGGUAUCUUGCACGCAUAGGCUUACGAGGGUGAGCACUGGAUAGUAUGUCAGAACCAUUUGUUAUUUCUAUCUCCCAUGUUAAAUAUUGAACAGUUCAUUUUUGUCCACCACAAUUCUUUGUCAAGAUACUGUUGCCUUAUGGGAGUUGAACAAUUUAAACCAUUCUGUAAAUCGACAAUUCUCAAGCCCUACUACUGCAUUAUUCAAAUAAUCUUGUGUCAGCAAGAUCGUUCCAUACCACGAUUCCAAGUGCAGGAGUCCAACCCCAAGGUCACCAAAAUCAAACU